AGUCGCUGUUGUUUUUUUAGGCUGCAUGCAGAUAUUUCAUCAUUCUUGUUCUUGUGCGCCACAGCUGCUGUGUUGAACAAUAUUGGGCUCGUGCCUUUAAUUAUCCGAAUGAGGGUUUAUGCUGGUUGUAACAAGUGGAUGGCAAAUGAAAGAAAAGUUAAUGUCUGUAACGCAAAGUAUCAGCAUCGCGAAGCCGUUGUCAAGUCUGCAGCUGAAGUGUAUCCCCUCCGAGCGGAACAUGAGGAGCUGCGGCUACUGUCACACGGACCACGACCCGCGCCUGAACCCGGACGCCGAGGAGUUCUUCCCUCGUCAGCCGGUCGAGCUGGGCAGCGGCUCGCUGCUCUGGAGCGACGGCCACCGGCUCGCCGCUCACUCGUUUCCAAUGCAGGCAUUUGGGUGCAGAGUGCCGAUGUGGCCGCUGGAUUACCCACCGCCGCCGCCGGCGGGACCGAGAAAGUAUCCGUGGCUGUACCGUUCACGGGGCGGCCGGUGGGGAGCGCGGCCCGCUCACGUGAACGGCGGCGGACCGGUGACCGUGACCAACAGUAGCACCCUGAACGGGAAGCCGGCCAAGGCCGACCGGCAGCCGGCGAGUCGGUGUGCCGUGACCGGGCCGCGGGCGGAGGCGGCGGCCGGCUCGGCCAUCCACCCUCACUGCUCUCCACCGGCCGGUCAGUGCCGGGAGACUGGGGAGCAGACGGGCCAGGAGACCGCCGCGCCCGCGCAGAAGACCGAGCAGCCGCCGCCGCUGCCGUCCACCAGCUGUGAUAUACCCGCCAGUGACUCGAACACGCGACUGUUUCGCAAGGUGAACUCAUUGCCGAACGGUGACCGGCCCUUACCGGCUGAUAUGCCGAACACGAUCCGCGACAUUUGUUCCAUCUCCAUCCAUGCCGCCAGUGCUCUGGCGAACCGGGUCCCCUCGCCGGUCCAGUGCAGUGACUCGACGAAACUGCGGCGUCCCAGUCCCACCGAGCCGCUGCCGAGAGACCGGGCGUGCUGUCCUCCCCCGGCGGCUACCACUGUGAUCUCGCGACAGCCCUCAUCAUCAGCAUCCUCCGAUAUGGACGUACCGUCGGAGCCCUCCACGCCGGCGGCGACCAGCCCCGCCCGGUGGCGGAGCUGCCGCUCGUCGUCCUCUCUUUCAGCCAACUCUGAGUCCAGUGACGACUCGAGCAGUGAGUCGAGCGACGACGACUCGACGCUCGGUGACGAGGAGUGGGACGCGUCGGCGGCCACCUUUCUGCCCAGUAGCUCGGUCGACUCGGGCGAUGACUUCAUUAUGUUCGCCGAUGACGCUGAUGACGAACCGCGUGGGGCGCCGGAGCCAGCGCCGCCUCGAACGCCAGUGUUUGGUCCCACGGCCGCCGAUCAGGUGGACUCAGGUCUCUCGGCCGAGACAGACCCCAGUGACAGCGAGCCGGAAGACUCGAGCGACGACGAGCUCAGCGACGACGAGUGUGAACCGUGCCACAGCUCUCCGGGCGGCACGUGCACGCUGCACCAGAGGAUCGCAGAGGCCAACCGGCAGCUGGUGGACUGGUGCGCCGCGCCGCCCCGACAGCCCAACAGAGAGGCCAGGGUACGAUUUCUCUCUGGUGACCGGCUGGCCACCGUUCACGCGGCUCCCGACUACGACCGGGCGAUCGCCAGCGACCUGCUGGACCAGCAGCGUCAGCGGGACCGGCUGCGCCGCUGGCGCCAGGACGUGGACCGCCAGGUGGCGCCCGUGCUGGCGGCUGUGCUCAGCGCCGAGCACCGGCAGCGCGUGCUCCGCGAGCGGCCCGAGCUGCUGCGCGACAGCUGACCGGCGCCCGGGAGCGGGGCUGGUAGGACGGGUAGUUAGGGACGUGACCGGGGGUCCGGCGGCGGCAGGUCCAGUGUGGUGGGCUAACGAACUGUGGGGUGUUAGGUUUGGUGGUAAGGGAAAUUUAGGAGUUGCCUCGGCAAGUUGAUGAUAGCCCUGCGCGGUCGGUGGUCCAACAAAACGCGUGACAGCGUCGUGGAAGGGGCUCAGGUUCACCAGGUCAUCUCAGUUAUGAACUUUGUAGAUCAAACCAUUACCUAAAAAAGUAAAAAGCGUAUUCUAGCUCAUCUGAAUGCAGUUGGACAUGCUCCAGGCUUUCAUUCUAGAGAAAGGGAUGAAAUUUGAAUUCGUGACGUGCUAUCGAAAGGUCCUCGAUUAAUUAUUGAACUUUACGUCCAAAAGGAAAGGAACAAUAAUGCCGAAAUCUGUUGAGCUCCAAAUGACGAUAAAUCGACGUGGAAUUCUUAUAAACGUCUCCAUGUGUGCAAAAUGAUCACUAGUAGGCGCUCCGAAAUCUCCAGUAUACAACAAAAAUAGACUUCAGCAAUUGGCAAGACAAGUUUGACUCAUUGUGUUAGCUAAAGGAGAGGUAUUGCUUCCAAUCGAUCUUGUAUGGCACUGACCGCGCAGGGCUCUAAUCGACUCCUUUGCACAGCUCAUAAGUAACGAACAUAAGUUAACGUUUUUCCAAAGUGUCUGGUACGAGACUACGCAAAAGCGUGCCAUUCGAAGCGAAGUUCUGUGAACCACACUGGACGCCUGCGCGCUGGGUUUGCGCCUGUCACUGUGCGCCUGGACUUUCAUUCACCUGUGGCCGAGCACUGUGAGCUGUGGCGUGUACGCGGGUGUGGACGAUUCGCGAUGUAGCCGGGUAUGGCUCACAGCCUGUUUGCCGUGAGAGGUUACCAUAGCACUGCGGAUAAAUCAUCGUUUACAUGUGACCCGUGCUUUAUGAUACGGGGUUCAAUAGGUACUGUCCAAUCUGAAAAAUGUCAAACUGUGGAACUAAGCGGUCAAAGUCCGCACCUUACCGCCGAUUGUCAUAGGGUUUUCGUCCAAGAGGUCUUUCAGCGUCUGUUCGGUCGGGUUUAAGUCAUAGUUUGGAUUUUAUUACCCACCUUAGAGGUUUUCGGCACUCAUUAUCGAUCACUUAACGGUAGUACAUUCACUCUAUGGAAUAAUAUAUAAGUGCUGUAUUUGACACAUUUAAUUUGCGACUAGGUAUUGAAUGUCGUGUGGUAAAUGUCAUGUAAUCAGCGCUUUAACCAUCGCAAUGCAAGUGUCACGUAGUCUCAAUGUGAGGUGAGCUUCCCUUCGGCUACAUCACUAUUGUGGUAUCGUGUGUUUUUGCUUAUGCGUGAAUGUUCAUCAAUGGCCUACUGGGGUGUUAAUAGAUUUCGCUAGCAUCA